AUGUCCGUGAAUGAUGAGCCUGAUGAGAAUAAUCAAAUUUUCUAUGACCCUGUCACUAUUCUUCGGCCGAUCUCAAGAGCUACUAAUGUGAAUUUGGAUCAGCUUAAUUUUGUCACAUGCCUUCUGGUGUCGUUCCCAUUGGGCUACUGGUUUCGAAAACAGUUUGAAGGGGCUCCGCGGACGACAAGAGCAGCGGUCUCAACAGGAUUGGGCCUUCUAUUGUGCUACUUUUGCUAUGGAAGAGCUAUUCUUCACCUUUUUGUGAAUAUUUUCGGAAGCUACGCUCUAAUGUUAGCUGUGAGCCCAAAAAUGGUCAACAAAGCGGUGUUCGCGUUCGCUAUGGGAUACCUGUUGUUCAUUCACUCAUACCGUUGGCUUUAUCAAAGAACCUAUUGCUUGGAUGUGACUGGCACAAUGAUGGUUGUUGUCGGCAAGAUAACCCUACUGGCAUCGGCAAUCCAUGACGGAAUGGGUCGUGAUCCGAAGGAGCUGAAUUCAGGCCAGAAGCGCGACGCUGUUCAAAUGGUUCCAAGCUUAUUGGAUUACACCUCGUACUGUUUCAAUUUUCAGAGCGUUAUUGUUGGUCCGAUGAGCCACUAUGCGGCGUGGUCAAAGUUCCUCGACGACGCCCACGUUCCAGUCGACCCGAAGACUGGCAAGAAGGCGAAUCCGUCGGCGACGGCAUUGAGAAAAUUCGAAAUUGCUCUUGGAUUUGCGGUGGUUUAUUCGGUUUUAGCGCCGAAACUGCCGAUGACAGUGACUUCCGAUCCCGAAUACAAUAAGCUGAACCUGGUGUUCUGGUGGUUCUGGCACGCUCUCGCCUCAAUGGUCCAUCGGCUUCCUUACUAUUUUGCGUGGACCAUUUCUGACGCGAUUUGUAACGUUUCCGGUUUUGGAUUUGACGGUUUCGACGCAAAUCAGGAAGCGAGGUGGUCGAAGACGACAAAUGUUUAUCCGUUUAGAGUUGAGCUUGGAAAGAACUAUAAGGAAAUGGUGGAUAAUUGGAAUGUUUGGACGGUCGCGUGGCUUCGUAGAGUCGUCUAUGAGCGAUUCGACGACAAAUACCGAACAUUUGCGGUUUAUAUAACCGGAGCAAUGUGGCACGGUUUGUCGAUUGGAUAUUAUAUGUCGUUUUUGACAAGCGCCUUGUUCACAUUGUCCGCAGCAACGUUCCGCCGGUGUGUUCGUCAUCGAUUCGUGGACAAUCCGACAUAUAAAUUGGGCUAUGAUAUUUUUGGAAUUCUAGUCUCAAAAUUCUGCAUUGGAUAUAUUCAUUAUCCAUUCUUUAUGAUGCAUUUCUGGCCGAGCAUUUUCAUGUACAAAAAAUUGCUCAUGGCUCCUCAUCUCAUCGCGCUGCUUAUUUAUUUGUACUUGCCGAUGGUGUUGACGCCUUUGAAAAAAGACCAAAGUGUUUCAACCAGCGAACAGGUUUGGCUCGUCGAAAUUUCGGUUUAUCACCUUCAUUUUACAGUCGUCUACACGACAGAGAACGCCAGAAUCGGACGUGUCGAAGCGGCGAUAAUGCCAUGUUUGAUUUUACCGACUUUAAUUGUUGGAUAG